GACUGAUACACAUUAAGGUCAGUAGGAUUUUGACCAAAUAUAAAUUUUCCAGAGUUGCCCCGUGAAUGAAUUAAGCUAAAUAUAUUUGCUCAAGUGAAACUUUUACAGACCUCAAGAGGCCACUAUGGCUGGUUCUAAUCCGGUGGACUUUACCCCAUCAUCAAGCUUUGUGUGAAGACAACGAAUGAAUAGACUCAGUCACUUGUUGAUUACGUUAUGGGAGUUAGGUAAUAAAGAAUUAGUUAAUCAGUAAAUUCUGUUUUCUGCCUAAAUCCAUCUGUGAUUGCAUUGCACACAGCAGUGUAUAUAAGAGAGAGUGAAGAAGAGCUCGCAGGAUUGGAGAUAACAUCUGGUGAGCUUAAUUCCGACAUGAGGGUGUGCAUCAUAGGAGCGGGGGUCAUCGGCCUCUCCACCGCUCAGAGCAUCUACCAGCACUUCCACAGCAGGAUCAGCCCCCUCACCAUAGAGGUGUAUGCUGAUGUCUUCACUCCACUCACCACCAGCGACGGGGCAGCUGGACUCUGGCAGCCGUAUCUCUACGACAAGGGCAACGUGCAAGAAACUAAAUGGAACAAAGAGACGUUUGACUAUCUACUAAGUUGCCUCAGCUCUCCAGAUUCAGUGAAAAUGGGAAUCUUCCUCCAGUCUGGCUACAAUCUGUGCCCUGAACCCCUGCCAGACCCCUCAUUUAAAAAUGCCGUGUUGGGUUUUCGCCAGCUGACUAAAUCUGAACUAGACAUGUUCCCGGGAUACAGUUUUGGUUGGUUUAACACCGCUCUCAUGAUUGAAGGAAAGACAUACCUGCCCUGGCUUAUGGACUGGUUGAGACAAAGAAAGGUCAAGUUUUAUCAGAGGAAGAUUGGUUCAUUUAAAGAGCUGGCAGAUAGUGGUGCUGAUGUUAUCAUCAACUGCUCCGGUGUCCGAUCAGGAGACCUCCAGUCUGAUCCUGAGCUCCAGCCAGCCAGAGGACAGAUCAUCAAGGUAGACGCUCCCUGGUUGAAACACUGGAUCAUCACACAUGAUUCCUCAUCAGGAGUCUAUAACUCACCAUACAUCAUUCCUGGGAGUCGUUUAGUCACUGUGGGUGGAGUUUUCCAAAUAGGAAACUGGAAUCUGCAGAACAGUUCUGUGGACCAUAAAAACAUCUGGGAAGCUGCCUGCAAGCUUGAGCCCAGUCUACAGCAUGCGCGGAUAGUAGAGGACUGGACUGGUCUCAGACCCGCUCGCAGCAAAGUUAGACUGGAGAGAGAGACCAUACGAUCUGGACCAACCUCGUUUGAGGUCAUUCAUAACUAUGGACAUGGUGGUUUUGGACUGACCAUCCAUCGUGGAUGUGCUGAGGAAGCUGCUCGUCUCUUUGGACAGAUCCUAGAGCAGAAAGUCCUGCUAGCACACUCUAAAUCACGUCUCUAAUAGAUCUAUGCCUCUGGACAAAUGUUUAGACAUAUUAUCUACUGUAUCAAUUCUUAUUCUCAACAAAUCUAAUAACCAUUAUCAUACUGAUUCCACCAAGAGAUAAUGAAUCUUCAGAAUUUAAUACAUUUCUCUACAUAUCUCUGCACUAAUCUAUAAUAAAGAUACAUAAAGUCACUUCUUUUUUUUUUUUUUUUUGAAGCAUAAUUUAUUGUUAUCAUACAUGUACAUCCAGUGCAGUGGCAAGAGAUCUGUGCACACAGACACAAAACAAAAGGCAGGCAACUCUGCACUCACAGGAACAACUGCACACUUCCCAUCAUGCCACACACAUACCCACUGUACAGAAAUACAAAUAACUGAAUAUAGCUUUGAGCAGUCGAGCUAAAUAAACAAAGUGUGUUUUGAUGCAAGCCGUCGUUUGGAAAAUGCAUUUGGAGCCUGAUAUAGAAUAGACAAUAAUACAAUAAAUGUGACCUACAGACCUGUUCUGAUAUGAGCCA